CACAACAGUAGUUUGUAAGCUCAGCGUAGAGGUUUUACUAACUUGAUAUAUUUAAACGUUAUGCUGGUGUGGUUAUACCUAUCUUCGUGCUGAGAGUGACCGCAGAAUAUGACACAGAACAGAGUCAUUGUUUUGGUGGACAUGGACUGCUUCUAUGUACAAGUGGAGCAGCGGAUAUUUCCGGAACUAAAGGGGAAACCAUGUGCCGUUGUGCAGUACAACACAUGGAAAGGAGGCGGGAUCAUAGCGGUUAGCUAUGAAGCGAGAGCGCAUGGAGUGAACAGAAGGAUUCGUGGGGAUGAAGCAAAGGAAAAAUGUCCCGACAUCAACCUGAUCCAUGUGCCUGAACUACGCGGCAAGGCUGAUCUCACUCGGUACAGGGAAGCCGGAGCAGAAGUGAUCAAAGUGCUGUGUCGCUUCAGCAAUUGUGUAGAACGCGCAAGCAUAGACGAAGCCUACAUAGACCUCACUGAAACUGUUCAUGAGAGGACGCAGGCUGGGACGGACAGGAUUAAACAAGACAUGCUAAGCAAUACACACGUUAUUGGAUUUGAAGAACUGAAUAAUCAUGAAGUAACCCACAAGGGGGAAACUUGUGAAGAAGGAGUAGCAGAGCCUGCAACUGAGAAUCAUGCUAAGCCAAAAGCCACGACAGAUGAGCAGCGAAAACUGGGCGUGUCGUCAUGGUUGGCCUGUAUCUAUGACAACGACGAGGCUGAUGGAAGCCAUGAUCAGAUGCUGGCCGCAGCAGCUGCGAUAGUGGAAGAGAUAAGAGAAGCUGUCUGGAAGGAUACCGGAUUCAGAUGUUCAGCAGGAAUCGCUCACAAUAAGGUGCUUGCGAAGCUAGCGUGCGGUGUCAACAAGCCAAACAAACAGACUAUUCUGCCACAUAGAUCUGUGGGAGGACUUUUCAAGGAUCUGCCUGUGCACAAACUGAGGAGUCUAGGUGGAAAACUUGGGGAGCAGGUAGUGGAUCAACUGGGAGUGCAGUUCAUGGGUGAGAUUUGCGCUUUCACCAGAAAACACCUACAGUCUACCUUGGGAGAUAAAUAUGGGGCCUGGCUCUAUGACGCAUGUCGGGGAAUAGAGCAGGAGCCAGUCACGGCCAGACUGCUGCCAAAGUCUAUAGGCUGCGGGAAAAACUUCUCCGGCAAAACUGCACUGAAUACCUAUGACCAGGUCGCCCACUGGGUGCAUCAGUUGUGUCAGGAGCUCGUCGAGAGGCUGACGAAAGACGAGGAGACGAACAAUCGCCACGCGUCCUCGCUGACGGUCAGCGCGCUGCUGCAAGAGGGCGCUGGUGGUGCGCGCGUCUCCCGGGCGACGCCGAUCUACAGGUACUGCGUCCGGAGGCUGGAGCGUGACGCCAUGCAGAGCAUGUCCAGGUGGAGAGUCGCUGCCGCCGCCGCCGCCGCCACGCCGACGGAAGGCGCGUGGUCUCCGGCGAUCGCCAACAUAUCGAUGUCCGCAAGCAAGUUCAGUGACCUUGGAGCGGCGGGCACCGUGAGCAUCGGCAGCUUUCUGGUCCCGAAAGCGUCGCUGACCGCGGACGCGGCGCGACCGGCAGCAGGGAAGGCCGGGGAAGAUGGAGCGCGAGGCAGAGUCGCUGGAAAACGACUCGGUGAGAAGGAGCCGACCAGAGACAUCACAACCUUCUUCACGCAAGCGCCGACACGCGGCGCGGGCGGAGAGCGCGUCGGCGUCGCCGCGGAUACGAGCGGGGCCGUUGCCGUGGAUGCGAGUGGGGCCAUUGCCGUGGAUACGAGUGGGGUCGUUGCCGCGGAUACGAGUGGGGGCGUUGCCGUGGAUGCGAGUGGGGCCAUUGCUGUGGAUACGAGUGGGGUCGCUGCUGCGGAUACGAGUGGGGGCAUUGCCGUGGAUACGAGUGGGGCCGUUGCCAUGGAUAUGAGUGGAGUUGUUGCCGUGGAUAUGAGCGGAGUAGUUGCCAUGAAUACGAGCGGGGCCGUUGCCACAGAUACGAGCGGGGUUGUUGCUGCGGAUAUGAGCGGUGUCAUUGCCGCAGAUACGAGUAGGGUCGUUGCCACGGAUACGAGUGGGGUUGCAGACGACGACGUGCACGGGGGCGGAUGCGGGGACGCGGCUAGUCGUGAUCGAGAGCCGCCCGCUGUUGCCAUCACGUCACUGCCGUCAACUCAGCUGCGGAAGCUCGGGGCUGAAGUGAAACCGACUAACACGGCUGCCGGCGCGGGGUUCAGCAAAUCUCCGUCUAAGCGCCAUGACGGAGUGUCCUUUUUCAAGCAAAAGCAGCUCGAUAUCCUAAUGGGCAAAGAAUGUACACAAGGAACGAAAGACGUUGCACAAUCUACCUCUAACGCUUCCCUCGUUUCUUUCGCGAACAGUUUCUCUCAACGUUCGCUCUUACCGAGUGACGGUAAAAGUCUCGCGGAUGGUUCUCUAUUCACUACAACGCAGCAAGGCAGCACUAGCUUCAACGACUCGCCAAUUAUUGAACACCAACGAUGUGAAAUCUUAGAGAGAGAAAAAGUCGGUGUCGAACCAGACACGUCUGAGCAAGAAAAGACGCGUGCCUUUCGCAAUUCGAACAGCGACGAUCUCUUCAGCGAAGAAGAAGCAGACAAGAGCGGAAACUUGCCGCCGAUACAUGCGAAUCCGGAUCGAGGGAUCGACGACGAACGAGUCGCGAUGGAGUCGCCGGAGAUCUGUGCCGAGCUGGUGCCGUGUGCGCUGUGCGACCGAAUGAUCUCGCCGUUCGACCUUCCCGAACACAACGACUACCACUUUGCGCUGGAGCUUCAGAGACGCUGCCCGUCGCCGGCGGGACAGCGCGCGAGCGUCGCCGCACCACGCGAGCGAGGGAAGCGCACCGCGGCCACCCGGGACGAGAAGUCGAGAAAAAAGGCGAGACUCGCCGCCGCCGCCACCGCUGCAUCGUCAAAUACGAAAACUCUGCGCGAUUUCUUUAAGCCGGGGCCAGGCAGCUAGCGACGUGUCGCGGUGCAGGCAAUGAUGCUGCUGCAGCGCGCGGUGCAGGCAUUGAUGCUGCUGCAGCGCGCGGUGCAAGC